GUUCUGUUGUAACCGCUUUUGUGUAACCGCACGCGCUUUAAUAAAGAAUUCUUCCCGAAAUAUACUGAAGGUACCGGAGCCUAUACACAGAACAUCCAUCACUACUUUACUGGAGUAAAACAUCAUUAUUCAAUAACUGUCGUCUCGGUGCACGUUGACGCUUCUCUAGCUAGCUUAACGUAGCUUGCUAGCCGCGAACAGAGACGCGUUCGUUUGCAACACGUCGCUAAACAGAGCGCAAGUGCAAAGUGUCCUGAAUAUCGUGGGGAAAUGUGUGCAAAAGGUGUGAAAGAAGAAGAGUACGAGGGCGAACUUUGUGGAUCGAAAGAGGAGAACGAGCGACAACGUCAACCGGUGGGCGCCCUUUUCAAGUCUCAAGCUGCGUUACACGGAACAGACAUCCGUGAAGAAUAUCUUUGUCCUGCGCAGGAAGAAGCACGCGUUACCGACGAACAGGCGGAUGACAUCAUCCGGUUGCCAUUGAUUGGUCUCCCUUUGAAGAGUGAAGAUGAUGACGGCAAAGGUCAAAGUGAGGAGAACAGAGUGGCCGAGCCUCCAAGCAGCAGCUCGAGUCAACACAUGACAAGAGAAAGUGAUGGAGACCACUGCGGAGGGUCACAAGCAGACAGCCCACUAUUAGCUCCACUAUCGGACAGUGGCGUCACAAUGUCUGACACGAAUGACGAGGACCGCUCCAAUGGCGAUGUGACAUUUCGCAGUGACGACAAACACGUCAAAUGUUCUCAGUGUAACAAAACGUUUUUCAACAAGUCCUCGUUGAAAAGACACCUGCGAACACACACUGGAGAGAAACCUUUUUCCUGCUCAGUUUGUGGUCUUAAGGUGACGCAGAAGAGUAGUUUAACUAAUCACAUGAGAACGCACAGUGGAGAGAAACCUUUCGCCUGCCCAGUCUGCAACUUGCGUUUCAGGAGUCGUUCAUAUUUAAGAACACACAUGCGAAUACACACUGGGGAGAAACCAUUUUCUUGUUCAGUUUGUGGGAAAAGAUUCUCUCUAAAUGGAGAUUUACGAACACACACGAGAACACACACCGGGGAGAAACCUUUUCUUUGCUCACUUUGUGGUAAAAGAUUCACCCGGAAGGGACAUUUGAAUGCUCAUACGAGAACACACACUGGGGAGAGACCUUUUCCCUGCUCAGUUUGUGGUCAAAGAUUCUCUGAAAAGGGAAGCUUGAUAAAGCACUCUAGAACCCACACUGGAGAGAAACCCUUCGCCUGCUCAGUAUGUGAGCAAAGAUUCUCUGAAAAGGGAAACUUAAGAACACACACAAGAACACACACUGGAGAAAAACCUUUUGCCUGCUCUGUUUGCGGAAAAACAUUCUCUGAAAAGGGAAACUUAAGAACGCACACACAAACACACACCAGGAAGAAACGUUUUACCGUUUCAGUGUACAACAUUAAUUCAGAAGUGGAAGACCUUCGUCUUGAGGACCAGCAACCAGAGCCCUCCCACAUUAAAGAAGAGGACGAGGCUAUCACCAAGUUACCAUUGACUGGUGUCAUUGUGAAGAGUGAAGAUGAGGGCGAUCAUGUGACAAAAUGUGUUUUCAGUGUGACAAAACUUUUGGUUCCAAGACAGAUCGGAAAAGACACGUGACGCUCCGCCUUGGAGAGAAACUUCAGAUGUUCUGAUUGACCAAACACAAGAACUCACACUUCUUCUUCUUUUCCUUUCGGCUUGUCCCGUUAGGGGUCGCCACGGCGCGUCCUCCUUUUCCACGGAAGCCUAUCUCCUGCAUCCUCCUCUCCAACACCAACGGGCCUCCUGUCUUCCCUCACGACAUCCAUCAACCUUCUCUUUGCUCUUCCUCUCGCUCUCUUGCCUGGCAGCUCCAUCCUCAUCGUCCUUCUUCCAAUGUACUCACUAUUUCUCCUCUGGACGUGUCCAAACCAUUGAAGUCUGCGCUCUCUAACUUUGUCUCCAAAACGUCGAACCUUGGCUGUCCAUGUGAUGAGCUCAUUUCUAAUUUGAUCCAACCCGGUCACUCCGAGAGCGAACCUCAACAUCUUCAUUUGCGCCACCUCCAGCUCUGCUUCCUGUUGUCUCUUCAGUGCCACUGUCUCUAAUCCGUCCAUCAUGGCCGGCCUCACCACUGUUUUAUAAACGUUGCCCUUCAUCCUAGCAGAGACUCUUCUGUCACAUAACACACGCCUGACACCUUCCUCCACCCGUUCCAACCCGCUUUGACCCGUUUCUUCACUUCCUGACCACACUCACCGUUGCUCUGGACGGUGGACCCCAAGUAUUUCAAGUCCUCCACCCUUGCUAUCGCUUCUCCCUGUAGCCUCAUUCUUCCCCCACCAGCCCUCUCAUUCAUGCACAUAUAUUCUGUUUUACUUCAGCUAAUCUUCAUUCCUCUUCUUUCCAGUGCAUGGCUCCAUCUU